AUGUAUGGUACACUGGCCAAACGAAUUUCCAAGGAUUUAUACACAGACCAUCCACUUUUUAAUCAUAAGGGUCGUCAAAUUUUCCGUCAAAGUUCAACCUUCGCCACUCGGGCUGUGUUGAACUCCGGCAGCGAGGCCAGAAGAUUCCUUAUUUCCUGCAACUCCCAGAUUGCAGAACAUGGCCGAGCUGGUAAUCUUAGAGAGGCUGAAUCUAUAUUCAAGAGCAUGCCCGCGAAAAGUGUUGUUUCUUACACGGCAAUGCUCACGGCAUACUCCCAGAACGGUCAGCUCGAGAAAGCUCGCCAACUGUUUGAUCGGAUGCCUCAACGAACUGUUGCUUCGUGGAACGCCAUGAUCACAGCUUAUAUAAGAAGGAAGGUUUGUGUCGAUGAAGGGUUUCGAUUGUUUUUGCAAAUGCCUGAGAGAAACGCUGUGUCUUACGCUGCAAUGAUCACUGGUUUUGUUAAUUCGGGUAGGUUUCGUGAAGCCGAGAAAUUGUAUGUUGAAACACCGAUUAGCUUCCGCGACCCAACUUGUUCAAAUGUGAUGAUAAAUGGAUAUUUGAAAGUGGGGAGGUUGGAGGAGGCAACUACAAUUUUUGAUGGGAUGGUGGUCAAGGAUGUGGUGUCGUGGAGCUCAAUGGUUGAUGGAUACUGUAAGAAUGGCCGAGUUGAUGAAGCUAGAAAGUAUUUUGGAGCUACGAACUACAGAAAUGAGGUGACUUGGAGUUCUAUGAUCAAUGGGUAUAUGAAGUUGGGGCGUUUGAAAGAUGGCUUUGGUUUGUUUUCUGAGAUGCGAAAGGAAGGUGUUGUGAGAAUUGAACCAGUGGUUGUUACAGCAAUCUUUGAAGCUUGUGGAAGAUUCGAGAGAUUCCGAGAAGGGUGUCAAGUACACGGGCUUGUUUCACAUUUGGGUUUUGGUUUUGAUGUAUAUCUAGGAAACUCUGUUAUUACCAUGUAUUCUAGAUUUGGUUCUGUACAUGCUGCUAGAAAUGUUUUUGAUAACAUGAUGGAGAGAGAUGUCAUCUCUUGGAAUUCACUAAUUUCUUGUUAUGUUCAAGCUAAUGAUCUGGAAGCGGCAUUUCAAAUAUUUCAGAGGGCACCUGAGAAAGAUGUAGUUUCAUGGACAGUGAUAAUUAGUGGAUAUUCUGACAGAGGCUUGACAAAAGAAUGUGUUAGAUUGUUCAACAUGAUGCCUGAGAAAGAUGCCGUGGCGUGGACUGCACUGAUCUCAGGAUUCGUAAAUAAUGACAAGCACCAGGAAGCUAUUUGUUGGUUUAUUCAUAUGCUUCGGAAUUCAGUAAGACCAACUCCUCUUACCUUGACUAGCGUUCUUUGUGCUUCAGCUGGUUUGGCAAUAUUGGAUCAAGGUUCCCAGUUACAUGCUCAUGUUAUUAAGAGGAAUAUGGAGUCUGACUUGUCCAUCCAAAAUACCCUGGUUUCAUUCUAUUCCAAAUGUGGAAGUGUAGAUUAUGCAUAUCUGAUCUUCGAGUCCAUCUGCAGACCUAACAUUGUUUCUUUCAAUUCAAUGAUUUCUGGAUUUGCUCAAAAUGGUUAUGGAACUGAAGCUCUCAAGUUGUUUGAACAAUCACUGCAUGCCAGACAUGAGCCUACUGAAAUCACCUUACUAGGUGUUCUUUCAGCUUGUGCACAUGCAGGACUUGUAGAAAAGGGAAGGCACUACUUCAGAUCGAUGCCAAUUUUGUAUAAGAUAGAACCUGGACCUGACCAUUAUGCUUGCAUGGUGGAUCUCCUUGGAAAAUCAGGUUUGCUUGAUGAAGCAGUAACUUUAAUCAACACGAUGCCAUUUUCACCCCAUUCUGGUGUUUGGGGUGCUCUUCUUUCUGCAAGCCGGAUCCAUUCUCGCCUAGAUAUUGCGGAGCUUGCAGCUAAAAAUAUCUCCAAACUUGAACCAGACAGUGCAGCGCCUUAUGUACUCUUGUCAGAUAUGUAUUCAUUUGCAGGGAAGAAAAAUGAUGAAAAACAAGUGAGGACAGCUAAAAGUCUACAGGGUAUUAGAAAGUUACCUGGGUAUAGCAGGAUUACAGUGGAGAACGUUGUUAGUUAA